AUCUAAAGUCGGCUCACACCACUGUGUCUCUCUAUAUUAGCCUGCCAAAAACCUAACCCUAAUUUUUCUAUUAAUCGCUCCGUAUCAUUGGAUCGAGCUAGAGAGCAACAGGCAACAGCAACCGCGCAGCAGCAAGAACAGUUCAGGAAGUUGCCAUGGGUAAGGUUCACGGAUCUCUGGCUCGUGCUGGUAAGGUGAGAGGCCAAACUCCUAAAGUCGCAAAGCAGGACAAAAAGAAGAGGCCACGCGGCCGCGCCUACAAGAGGAUGCAAUACAACCGCCGCUUUGUCACCGCAGUUGUGGGAUUCGGCAAGAAGAGAGGGCCCAACUCAUCUGAGAAGUAAAGUGUGACAAGAUUAUUGAAGUUAGUAGUUAUGUAGGUGGAGGUUGAUGUUGGGAGGUUGGAUAAUCUUUUUAUUGUGUUACUGUGUUGAGUUUUUUAUAUUAUGUCUCAAACUAUGUUGAGGAUACGCUCUUUUUGUUAAUUGGGAUGGUACAACUUGUUUCGUAAUUCUAUUAUACUGCAUUUUGUUA